ACAGUCUCUUGGGCUCGGUCAGUCCCGCCUUCAGCACCAGUUUCGGGGCUAAGCUCUGCGAGCGAUUGGCUCAACUCCAAGCCAAAGAGCUCCCUCUCAACGCCAUAUAACGGAUAUCCUUGCCCGUUGACCCGUGGCCAUUGUCAAACUCUGUCAGUAUUCAUUAUUCAUUUAACCCUCGAACGGACGGACGCCUUUGACACCCUCUGUGAAGCAGAAUGUCCAGGCAACCUUAUCCGAGGUCGUUUUCCCGCCCACCGUACACCAUUCCCAAUCGAAACCAUCACAGCAGCCGAGCCUUGGAGCCUCAGCGAUCGCAAGAAGAUCUGGAUCUGGAGCAGCUGGAACUGAGUUUAGGCGCUUUGGACAUUGAGGAUGCGAAGAACUUGUUCACCGUGGAGAUCAAGAAGAACUCGUUGGGCUUCGGCUUCAGCAUCAAAGGGGGAUCUUUGAGUGGCUCGGGUGGCUCGGCCGACACAUCACAAUACAUUCGUAUCAGAAAGAUCUUUCCGCUUCAACCCGCCUGGCAAACCGGUCAAUUGCGCGUGGGCGACAUCCUCAUCAAGGCCGGUGACAUCUGUCUGUGCGGACUGAAUCUCCGACAAGCCCUGGACAUCCUCCGGACCUCGCCCAAUGUUAGCGUGUUGACCGUAUGUCGACCUUUUAUGAGCCAAACGACCGAAUCUGUGAUUGAUCGGUGUUCGGUGGUGCGCAGCUACUCGGACAGCACCUCGAACCAUCGAGGGUUGGACGUGCCCAUGAUCGUGUCCUCCAAUCAGAAUGCAACCACUGAGGAAGACACCGAGGAUACCAGCUCCAUCGAGGAGGAGAUGCACGAACUCAACGCCAACUACUUGCUGCCCAAGGACCCGAGCAGUCCUCAUUUCAUCGGGCAAUUCAUCAUCACGCUCGGAAAAGUCAAAGGCAGUUUAGGCUUCACCCUCCACAAGGCCAACGACGACGAUUCGGAUUACUCGGUGAUGCGACACACCAUCAAAGGCGUGACCAAAGAGCCCGCCCUUUCGGACGGACGCAUCAAGCCGGGUGACAAGUUGAUCGCAGCCAAUGGCCAGGAUUGUGACGAUCUGUGCCACGACGAGCUGAUCCACUACCUGCGGAGUUGCACAAACCAAGUGUCCUUGAAGCUCUACCGCGACGCCUCCCGAUCUCAGACCCCGCUCUCGCCCGAGGGCGGGGGUCCCACGCCCGCCCGCUCCAAGUCAUUCGACCACCCUGCCCGCCAUAAGGAGUUGCGAUUCGAAGCCAAAGAAAUGGUUCGCUCCCUGCAGGCCAGUCGAUCCUCGUUGGAGAAGCUCGGCUCCGAGUACGGCGGCUCAACCAAUUCCUUGGGCCGUGGUCUCAAGCCGCAUGGCAAGCAUCUCAACAAUCAUCUCAGUCACUUCAAGGAUCGUCACCAUCGAUGUCGAACCACGAGCGAAUGCACCGAAGAGUCUAUUCCAGUCAUAGAAUCGCCCAUCAGUCCGGUGAAGGAGUUCCCUAACAGCUUGCCGCCCUUGCAUCUCCCUGAAGAGUCGUACAUUGUCAUGGAAGAUCUCUUGGAUAAUGAAGCUCACGAUUUUGACGAGAUCGACGGCUCGCCCGAAGUUGAAUUCCCCCGAGUGCCCACCUACGAGUCAGACCUGGUGGAGUAUGUGGCCGAGAGCGAGCUGAUCUUUGUCCAAGAGUGCCCCCAUCCCCAUCAUGAGCCGUCGCCUGUGCGACAUCGACCCACCCAGUUGGGCUUGACCUCAUCCACCAGCCUGAGCUACAGUUUUACUUACCAGCCCGGGUCAAAGUAGCUCAUUUUAAGGGUCAAAGAAAAGAGAAACGUCCACUAUUAUGAAAGUGAGGCCAGAAGAAGUUGAAAUGAUAUGACGUCUGAGGACAAUUUGAAUAGAGGUGAUUGUUGAUUUUUU